UUACUAUGUCAGUGGGAAAAAUACAUGUAAACAGAUCUAUUAUCUACAACUGUGCUUCUUUCCUUUUCUUGCAAGUGAAAUUUUUAAUUGAGAUUUGCUAGACAUCGCUAUCGAUGAACAUUGUUUACGAAAGUACUAUUGAUGGAAGAAAACUAAAUCGGAAUUCUUUAAUGCGAUAAAAGCUGCAAUUUCAUGUCUCUAUUACGAGUUCCUUGAAAAAUUGAAAGUCAGAAUUUAACCUGCAGAAAUAUGCGUUCCAGUUCGAUAUUACUCCAUAGAUCUUUAUUUUAGCUUGAUUAUUUUACGCAUACAUAUACACACACGCACACAUAUUCUUUUCUUCUACACAUAUAUAUUAUUUUUUAGCUUAUUAUCGCUUCCAUAAUAAUUGUUUUCAGUCGUAACAUUUUUCUGUGUCUUCCAGGAGUUCCAACAUUAUCACAUUUGACUUAGCAUCUUUGUCGAGAAAUUUCCAGAAAAAUCGGUAAUGAUCACCGAUACGGAACUCACGCGGAGGCUGGACGAGAUUUCUCUCGCUCUCUCAGACGUCUCGAUGCAGCAAGAUAAAAUCCUGGAUAAAAUCAUAAAAAUCGUCAGAAACACGACGAGAGAACAAUUGUUAUCCCGCGAUCCUCGCGUGCUCAUCACGUGCGUUUUAAGAAUUCUCUUUCAGUACGAAGACCUGCUACACGCGGAGCGAUUAUGCGAAUGGAAACGUCGGCGAAGGUUUAGGCUCGCCCGAAAUUGCUAUCACGCCCUACUGACGAGUUAUUUGCCAAAAAAAUCGCACGAGGUCGUACAAACAAUCGUGACGACCAUUUACCGGGACCGACUCUGGGAGUUCGAGACCUUCUGCUUCGAGAUAACGUGCAGUCUGCUGGACGUUGGCACAACUAACGGUGGCUCGAUCAUCAAUCUGAUCAUCAACCUAAUUUGGGAGAAGCUAACGUCGCCGGAACUCGAUGUCGAGGAAGCCCGCGGCGUUCUCAGACUGUUGUACGAGUUACUGGACCUGCACGAGUGGCCGGCGACGCAGGAAACGGUAGCGACGAUAGAAAAGAUACUCAAUCUAUUUCAGAUGAGCAUAAUCAACGCACAGUCAGUCAAAUUGAACUUCCUUCUCCCGACGCCGCCACCGUCGCUCGCGAAACUCAGGAAGAGCCUGGAAGUCUGUCUGAGGAACACUAUAAAGCAUCUACCAAACGAUCAGCUGUUGAUUGUCGUGCAGCGUAUGUGCGCCUGGUCAGUAAUCGCGGACAUCACUGACGAGAUCAUCUUGGAGUUUGGUAGCAUCCUGGAGUACGCUGCUUACACGCAUCAGGCUGGUCUCUUCGAGCAGACCUUUACCACGGUGAUCUUCCCAUUGCUGAUGCAGAUGAUAGGAUCGUCCAGCCGGCUGAUCAAUCUGCUGGGCAAUCGCGUGCUACAGUACCUGCUGGAUCGCAGGGACAAUCGAGCGAUCUUCGACACGCCCAAGAUUUUUUUUGAACAUACGCGCGUCUAUGUGCGAAUUGGGGCUUGCCGUAAGGAGGACCGAUUAUUCUUCAAGCUACAUCGCGAAGUACUGCACGACAGUCUACUGAAGAGUCUGCUGAACCACUGCGACUCGCGAAUGAAUCUCGAGACUACGUACUGCACGGUGUGUCUGAUCGCUGUUGAGGUACCCUGCGGCUUCACGGCCGCUGCCAUAGUAUGCCUCGCUAUGAAUCUGCAGGAAGUCAUCUUGCAACGACAGAAUGAUCAGCUAGAGGUGGCCUGCCACGUACAUGCCACGAUCAUCUCUAUCAUGUCCCUUUUAUGCUGGAUACACAAGGCCAAGGUGUUUUAUAAUUAUGUAAAUAGGAUCAUAAUGGAGAGAGCUCAAUGGGCACCGCAGCUGAAUCCUCCUAUCCAGUCCCAAUAUAAUUUCGCGGUGCAUCAUGUUCUCUGCAACAAGUCGGAAUUGUUCUUCGUGGAUUGGGAGGCGCGCUAUGGUCUCUGGAAGUGCUUCCGUCUUGCCGAUGGUCACGACGGCACUUCGCUGAUCGCCUGAUUGCGUUGUAAAAUUGUCAAAAUGUAAAUUUGACAAUAUGCAAGCAUGAGAUUACAGAAGCCAAGGAUUAUUGAUAAUUCAGAAUACUCAUGAAUAUAUAGUACGUAAUAAAUCUUUACAUUACUCGUAUCAUUUAUGUUACAUUGUGUAACGCUGUGCAAUCGAGAGAAAGUCGCACUGAUAUAUAUAUAUAUAUAUAUAUUUAUGCAUAUACACUACCGUACCUACUUUAAUGGAUUGAUAGAGUAGCGGAAACCGCGGCGCCAUUGCGCAAAGUUGCAUGCACGCGCGCGCCGCCAUCUCGGGGCGCGCCAGAGAUCGCAUGAUUUAUGGCGCACUGGUUUUGUAAUUCGCAAAUAACAAAGUGACUCAGACUUGUCGGCCGUAACGAGAUUGUCGUUGACUUUGCACUUUGCAGAUUUUCCGCGAGAUUCCCGUGGAGAUGCGGGCGGAACUCGGACGAUAAAGUCUUGAAGCGAUCGCUCAGGAUUGAUCGUUUCGUCAUUUCGAUCGUGACACACGAACGAUUUGACACUCUGACGCUACGCGAGGAACUUGUCACGGCACAACAA